AUGGCUUCCCCAAGUUCGAAUUCGCACUCAGAACAUACCAGGGACGAGGCAAUUCUUGCCAGGUUGGGAUACAAGCAAGAGUUUCGGAGGGAGUUUACUCCAUUAGAGGUCUUUGGUGUUGCGUUCAGCAUCGUGGGGCUCCUUCCAUCCAUUGGGCAUGAUGUUUCGGUGCUCUUCAAUGCCAUGCCCAAUGGUGGUCCUCUUGCAAUGGUUUGGGGUUGGCUGUUUGCCAGUGCCUUUAUCAUGUGUAUCGGUUUGGCCAUCGCGGAACUUGCAUCUGCGGCACCAACAUCAGGUGGAUUGUAUUACUGGACCCAUUCACUUGCCUCCCCUCGUUGCCGGAAUUUUCUCUCAUGGAUAGUUGGGUAUGCUAAUACGAUCAUGUCUAUCGCAGCACUUGCUUCAGUGGAUUGGGCAUGCGCGAUCCAAAUCACAGCGGCAGUUAGCAUCGCAUCUAAUCAAGUAUACGUGACAACCAAUGGACAGAUCUAUGGUAUAUUUGCAGCGUUGGUGUUAUCACACGCUGUCCUUGUGAGCCUUGGGACGCAAAUCCUGGCAAGACUUCAAAGACUAUACAUCCUCCUGAAUGUGUGCCUCUGCUUUAUAGUUAUCAUCGCGCUUCCAAUUGCAACGCCAUCAGAAUUCAAAAAUAGCGCCAGCUACGCACUCGGAGACUUUACUAACUUGGAAGGCUGGCCAUCUGGAUUUGCAUUCAUAUUGAGUUUAUUGGCGCCUCUCUGGACGAUAGGUGGUUAUGAUUCAAGUGUACACAUAAGUGAGGAGGCAUCCAAUGCUACUACCGCCAUACCAUGGGCCAUUGUCGGCUCUAUUGCAGUAUCUGCAGCCCUUGGCUGGGGCAUCAAUGUCUCCCUUGCAUUUUGCAUGGGCAGUGACCUCGAAGGUAUCUUGAGCAGUCCGAUCGGUCAACCUAUGGCGCAGAUAUUUUACAACUCUUUUGGGCAAAAAGGAGCGUUAGCCCUCUGGUCUCUCGUCAUUGUGGCACAAUAUAUGAUGGGAUCGAGUUGUCUUCUUGUCGGUUCUCGCCAGACGUUCGCGUUUUCUCGUGAUGGUGGCCUACCGUUCUCGCGAUAUUUUUACCGAAUCAAUAGCUACACGGGAACGCCAGUCAAUACUGUUUGGCUCGAUGCUUCGCUUGCUCUUGCGAUCGGUCUUCUGGCGUUCGCAAGUACACAAGCUAUCGACGCAAUGUUUACCCUCGCAGUCAGCUCGUCAUACAUAUCUUACACCACACCAAUCGUAACCCGUUUCGCUUUCAAGAAUGAUUUCAAGCCUGGUCCAUUUAAUCUUGGGAAAUUUAGCUUUCCCGUCGCAGCAAUCGCCGUGUCAUGGAUGGUCUUCAUGAUCAUGAUUUUCUUCUUUCCCACGACCCCACAGACUACUGUGCAAGAGAUGAACUAUACAGUGGUCGUCCUAGGUGGCUUCAUGUCCCUCGCCGUUUUCUGGUAUUACUGCCCGAUAUACGGAGGAGUACACUGGUUCAAUGGACCUGUAUCAAAUAUAGUAUCAGCCGACAAGGGGCAAGAUGAUGAAUCGGCGUCAGAGAAGACGGGGAAAGGGCGAGGAGUAGAUGUCUAG